AUGGACAAAGCACUACAGGCCGGCCUUUCAGCAGGUAUGUCCGCUGUCUCAGGCUUUCACUCCAAGAAGCCAAACUGGGCAGAGCCAGAAACUGCCGGUGCCAACGUUCUUCCUACAUCAUACUGUCCCCAACCUAGGUCUCGCGUUGAGUUUCCAAGCCCUCAAAAACCCGUCAAGGCCUCUCACAUCUGUAUUGGGGCUUGGUCGUGGGGUGAUAAGUCGACUUGGCAAUGGGAUGAAAAGGAACUACCCCAGGUUAUGCUGGCUUGGAAGACGCUCUAUGAGGCUGGCAUCAACUUCAUUGAUACAGCUGAAGCUUAUGGAAACGGAGAAAGCGAGAGGAUUAUCGGCGAACUGGUCAAAGAUAUUCCUCGCGAGACCAUUGUCAUACAAACGAAGUACUUCAGCACUCCUCUCAAGGCCGCCAACUUCAUUCAUCCUGUUGAUGCCCCCGUCAAGAGUCUCAAGGCUAGUCUUCAACGCAUGAACCUCGAGUACGUCGAUAUUUAUCUUGUCCACGGACCAAUCCACCCGCAGAGCAUCCCUACCAUCGCAGAGGGUAUGGCUCAAUGCGUUGAACAGGGUCUUGCGCACUCAAUAGGAGUAGCCAACUACGAUGUCCAAGAUGUUCAAAAGAUCAACGAUGAGCUCGCAAAGUUCAACAUUCCUCUCGCAACAAAUCAAUGCGAGUACAACAUCCUCCGUCGCUACCCCGAACUCACUGGCAACAUCAAGAAGUGCAAGGCCAGCGGCAUGAUCUUUCAGUCAUACUCAUCUCUUGCACAAGGAAGAUUGACUGGCAAGUACACCAGGGACAACCCGCCGCCCAAAUCACAUCGGUUCAGCAGCUACAAGAUGGAAGAUCUUGAACCAGUGCUUGAGACUUUACAGAGGGUUGCUGAGAGACGACGCAAGAGCAUUGCCGCUGUUGCGCUGAACUAUAACAUCAGCAAGGGCGUCCUGCCAGUUGUUGGAAUCAGGAACGUUGAACAGGCGGAAUGCGCUAUUGAGGCGCUCGGAUGGAGGCUUACGGAUAGUGAGAUAGUUGAGAUUGACAAGGUGAGCAUUGUUGGAGACAAGACUGUUCUUUGGCAGCAGGGCUAG